AUGGGUGAGCUGGAGCCUCCUUUUAAGGUAGUUGCUCAGUUUCCCUAUACUUCGGAACAUGAAGACGACUUGAAUUUCGAGAAAGGAACCGUAAUCACUGUACAAUCCAUCGAAGACGAAGAAUGGUACUUCGGUGAGUAUGAGGAUGGGGGGACCUGGAGUGAGGGCAUUUUCCCCAAGACUUUUGUAACUCCCUUCCAAAAUGAAGCUUCUCUGCCACCAGGUAGCGCGCCUACUGUUGGCGAGCCAUUAGAACAGCCUGCCGCUGGUGAUAAUCAUGAACUCUCAGAAAAACCUGCUCCCAGCGAGCCCCAGUCGAGCCUAUCGAAAGGAGUGAAAGGGACAGUCGAGGACAGUGAAAUUGCCAAGCCAGCCUUUUCGAUUUCGGUGCCUUCUUCGGUGCCAGUUUCUGCUUCUGGCCCAGACCACGUUGACAUCAGAGCUCCCCAAACCCACAACGUUGUUUUACCCGCUGUCGAAGCACAGCCAAGCAUUAUGGGAGGGGAAGAAAAUCCCACAUCUGCCAUUAUGACAGAACACCAUAUUGGGUCUGCUGAAUCUGAUGGCCCCACCACAAUCGAUCGAAGGGAUGGGCAGGUUGAGACCACAGAAUCUCCGAAAAUGAGCCUCAAGGAACGUAUUGCCUUGCUACAAGAGCAACAAAGGUUGAACCAAGAGCGAGAAGAAGAAAUGCAGAAGAGAAUACAGAAAAAGAAGAAGCAUGAGCGCCAUGAAGCGGUUGUUAUCGAGGAUAGCCCUGUGACCUCUGAUCCACCUGCCAAUCCUACUGGGGAUUCGCCCGUUACCCAAACAACGAGAUCCAAGGUAACUAGCCCGGAGGAGAAGUCAUAUAUCAAAGCUGUCAAUGCAGUCGAGGGCCCAACGGCUCAAACUUUAAAGGAUGAACCUUCCGCCAUACCUGGUGGGUUUGAUGACAAUCGUCCGGUCCAUGAAAGUCAACAAUCCGAGGAAAUUUGUGAGCCUGAGGCCGAAGAAUUUGAAGAGGUGGACGAAGAGGAGGAGGAGGCGGAAGAAGAUAAAGAAGGAGAAGAAGAAGAAGAAGAAGAAGAAGACGAAGACGACGAAGAGGUUCGCCGUGCUGCUCUUAGAGAACGUAUGGCCAAGCUCGCAGGAGCUGGUAGGAUGGGGAUGCCUGGAUCUUUCAACCCUUUUGGGAUUCCUACUAGCUCACCCAGAACUUCUAUUCCCAAUCACAAAACAAACGAUCGCACAGAUGACACUUCUGAGCUCCCUCGUGCAAUUCCUAUCCUACCUUUUGCGGACCCUCAGGCUUUGGAAAAAGCACAGGCAGGCCUUCCGGGGCAUGCCAAAGACGAAGAAAGCCGCAUCGACCAACCAUCAAAGCAUGCUGUCACCGAGGAGCAUAACCAACAGGUGUCAAAUAACUCACAAGUUAAAGCCUUUGAACUGUCUCGGGCGCAAACCAAAUUGUCACAAUCGGGUGAUCCUCUGGAUACUCCUGGAAUGUUAGCUGAUGGAGAGGAAGAAGCUGAGCGGCUUGAAGAUAAUUAUUUCAGUAGAGGGACAGAGCAACCUGAUAUCUCUUCUGAAAAGAGUGAGGUGCAUUCAAUCAAAAGACAAAAUUCUUUGAGCCCAGACACUCCGGUGGAGAUUGACAGACGUAAUUCGCGGAGCGGGCAAUUUUCUGACUCGACUGGCUACGAAUCUUCAGCUGAAGAAACUACUGAAGCAGGAAACAGAUCAGCUAAGGAGAUUCCUUCGUUGUCCAAACAUGUUAUCAAACAGAACGCGCUCGCUGCAAGUUCGCCAAAGUUAGAGCCGUCAUCCCACAAGCUAGAUAGAGGUGAAUCCCCCGGGGAACAACAACAUUCUGGGAACGGCAUAUCUGCUGUAACCGAAACGAGAGAAGGUGAUGUAAUCGAGAAGGGCAUUGAUAGUCAUGAAGAUGUAGAAGGAGGCAAAAUAGCCUAUCCAGAGGCAGAUACCGAUCAACCCAUUUUACAUAGCACAUCGCUGAAAAGUGCUGUGUCUGCAAUUCCUCCAAUCCCGUCGUCAAAACCUGCGCCACCUACUCCUCCAGUCGUGGCUGCCCCACCAGUGCCACCUUCAUCCAGUUUGCCUAAUGUGAAAAAGCCGCCGAUCCCACCUACCCCCUCAGCUCCUCAUCCUCUUUCCUCAGAGGAGGCCCAUGAACCAAGUCAUUAUUCUUCUGGAAUUGCUAAUGCUUCCACUAAUCCUUCAGAGCUACAAGGUGGUGAUACUCUGGCACAGGCGCCUAGCUUUUCCCCACCUACAUCAAACCCAUUUCAUCAACAACACCAGCAGCACUUCAAGGCUGAUAAGGAGAGCCCCCCCUUAACAACCCCUCGUAUGAAAACAGCGCAAAGUGGCUCUACUCAUGGACCUAAGUCACCCCCACCCCCACCGCCCAAAUCAACCUUCACUGAAGAGACAAAAGAAACGGAUGAUAUUUUACUAGAGCGCACGGAUGAGAUAGGAAGGGCCGUACCUCCAAUUCCUGCAGUCCCUGUGCACUCGAAGCCAACUGGCAUGUCUUCCCCCAACUCUUCGCAAGGCGAGAAAGCUAAGAAGACAAUCAAUAGAACACAAACAUUUGAAAGCAACUACGAGAGCCAAAACCCUAGCAUUAAUUUCGUUGGUACCGACGAUUGGUGGUUGAAGAAAACUGUACCUGCGAACAUCAUCAACCAUAAUCGUUUAAAAUACAUUUGUGAGGUGGAUGACCAUGCAAUACAGAAACGAGGCGGGGUGGAAUGGUCCAUGAGAGACUUUUACAUUUUGUUUGAAGAUUACUCUCAAUUACACGCCACAGUAACAUUUAAAGUCACGGAUCCUCAUAAAACAGUUCAAUUCUGGCAGAACCAUAUAUCUAAUCCCACGUCACCCUCGGGAUUGGAUGAAUACUCAUCGCGUAUUGGAUACAAAAUAUUCGAGCUAGCAAGUCGUUCUGUUAAUUCGCCAUGUCGGAAUUUUGUUAGCGGCUUGAUAGCUGAAAUUGGGGAGUCUGUAGUACCCCCCAUUGCCUCAAGAACGUACGGUGUACCAGUUCUCGCAUACACGCCCGACGUUGAGUUUGAUGAGGUGGCAUUAAAAGCUGUAAGACCGGGGGACAUAUUAGUUGUGAGAAGGGGAAAGUUUCAAUCGCACGGAAAGCUCUUACAGAAAAGUACGCAUUCACUAGGAAUGGAUGCCGUGCCUUUUGCGGCUAUCAUCACAGAGUAUGACUUCUCUAAAAACAAAUUUAGGGUCGUUGAAGAGCACGACGGUAAAGCAAGACAAGCCAGCUACAGAUUGCAUGAUAUGAAAAGUGGCAAGUUGAAGGUGUUCAGGGUGGUAGGGAAAAGUUUGGUCGGCUGGUAA